AUGGCGAACCGAAGUUCUGCGAGACCAAGCUCAGCAGCAAACCCAGAAGGUGAUACCGCAUUUAAAAAGAAAUACGGGCCUUACCCAGGAAGACCAAACGAUAGGCAUAGUGGACUAUCACCUAUUCUAUUGUUCAUUUCAGCAGGUGGAGUUGCGAGAGCCGAUAGGAAUACUUUACGACGGGAACAGAAGCAGAGAGCCUCGUAUUACAACUUUACAGCUAAAGAGUUACUUGAUUUGGAUGCGAAUAUAACGUCGGCAAGAUCAUUGAAACCAAGCGAUUUGAAUGUUCUAAUUCAACCUUGUUUCAAAAGAAGUCAUUGGCGCAAACCCGGUCGUAAUCAUGAACCAUAUUCUCUUGUUUGA